CUCGAAUUGGAAGACGAUACAAGACAGGAGCCCUCUCUCUCAUCAACAUGGACAUGGUUUCAUUUCGUGGAACCUAAGAAGAGCUUAAGAAAUAGAGGGUGGGUAAGGGUUUAAACGGCGGAGAGAUGAGGAGGCUAUGCUUUGUCCAACCCUUUUCAGAGGCUUUUGUGAAGAUUCCAAAUUCACUAUGGCUUCUCCAAACCCUUUCAUUUUCACACACUCCUCCUUCCAAGACAUCAAAGCUCGCCCCCCUUCAGGAGGGGAAAAUGAUAGAUCGGUUUAAGCUAUGGGCGAAAGGAGGGGAUGGGGGCAAUGGUUGUUCCAGCUUUCACCGUAGCCGACACGAUCGCCAUGGUCGACCUGAUGGUGGGAAUGGUGGGAGAGGUGGUGACGUAGUACUAGAAUGUUCUCCCACGGUGUGGGACUUUAGCGGUCUGCAACAUCAUCUUAAUGCAAAGAGAGGGGGACAUGGAGCUUCCAAAAACAAGAUAGGAACCCGAGGGGCUGACAAGGUCGUCCUAGUACCUGUUGGCACUGUUAUUCAUCUUUUAGAGGGUGACAUUCCUUCUGUAGUUGAGAACAGUUCCUCUGCAGCUCUGGACCCAUGGGAGAUUCCUGGUACUCUCGACGGUGAUCUAUCUGAAUCUGCUCGACAAUCCUUCCCACCUACCACCACUGGCAUAAAGGCAGUGGAUAUCAAUGGCGGCUUAUCAUCUUUUACCAGUAAAGCAAUUGUGGCAGAUUCUGCUAGUACAAAGCAAGGGACUUGGGCUCCAUCAAUUGAAUCACUUCCUCAAACUUUGCCUUCUGGUGAAAAAUCCAGAGUUCACGCAGAAGGUGCUAUAUGUGGGAAUGAAGAAGGCCAAAGUCAGUGGGAUGGUCUGGACACUGAUGACGGUACUUCUGAAGUUUUGGAUGCUGAUGAUGGCAUUUCUGAAGCAGAAAUGGAAGAAAAGGAACACAUACAAUAUAACAUUGCAGAAUUAACAGAACCAGAUCAACGCGUAAUUGUUGCUUGUGGAGGGGAUGGUGGCUCAGGGAAUAUUUCUUCCACUAAAGCUUUUAAAAAGCCUAGCCUUGGGAAGCCUGGGAAUCUAAAGGAUAAAGGCUUUGGUUCUGAAGUUUCUAAUGAUGAUCAACAUUCAUCACUUAGUGCUGGUUUGCCUGGUUCUGAGGUUCUUCUUCUGUUAGAACUCAAGAGUAUCGCUGAUGUGGGCCUUGUGGGGAUGCCAAAUGCUGGGAAAAGUACUCUUCUAGGUGCCAUAUCAAGGGCUAAGCCCAGAGUAGGCCAUUAUGCCUUUACAACUUUGAGGCCAAAUUUAGGAAAUCUAAAUUAUGAUGAUUUCUCAUUCACGGUGGCCGACAUUCCCGGACUAAUAAGGGGAGCUCAUGGAAAUCGUGGACUUGGACAUGCUUUUCUGCGUCACAUAGAACGCACAAAAGUUCUUGCUUUUGUGUUGGACCUGGCUGCAGCAUUGGAUGGUAGAAAAGGAAUCCAACCAUGGGAACAGUUGAAAGAUUUAAUCUUGGAGCUUGAAUUUUAUCGCGAGGGUCUGUCAGAUCGACCGUCCUUGGUAGUGGCAAAUAAAAUUGACGAGGCAGGGGCUGAAGAAGUGUAUGAAGAAUUAAGAAGAAGGGUGUCCGGUGUUCCUAUUUUUCCAGUUUGUGCAGUUCUGGAGGAAGGGAUAUCAGAGCUAAAAUCUGGUCUUAGAAUGCUUGUUAAUGGUGGAGAAUCGUACAGACUCAAUGUAGAUGGGAAUAUUUCUUCCACUAAAGCUUUUAAAAAGCCUAGCCUUGGGAAGCCUGGGAAUCUAAAGGAUAAAGGCUUUGGUUCUGAAGUUUCUAAUGAUGAUCAACAUUCAUCACUUAGUGCUGGUUUGCCUGGUUCUGAGGUUCUUCUUCUGUUAGAACUCAAGAGUAUCGCUGAUGUGGGCCUUGUGGGGAUGCCAAAUGCUGGGAAAAGUACUCUUCUAGGUGCCAUAUCAAGGGCUAAGCCCAGAGUAGGCCAUUAUGCCUUUACAACUUUGAGGCCAAAUUUAGGAAAUCUAAAUUAUGAUGAUUUCUCAUUCACGGUGGCCGACAUUCCCGGACUAAUAAGGGGAGCUCAUGGAAAUCGUGGACUUGGACAUGCUUUUCUGCGUCACAUAGAACGCACAAAAGUUCUUGCUUUUGUGUUAGACCUGGCUGCAGCAUUGGAUGGUAGAAAAGGAAUCCAACCAUGGGAACAGUUGAAAGAUUUAAUCUUGGAGCUUGAAUUUUAUCGCGAGGGUCUGUCAGAUCGACCGUCCUUGGUAGUGGCAAAUAAAAUUGACGAGGCAGGGGCUGAAGAAGUGUAUGAAGAAUUAAGAAGAAGGGUGUCCGGUGUUCCUAUUUUUCCAGUUUGUGCAGUUCUGGAGGAAGGGAUAUCAGAGCUAAAAUCUGGUCUUAGAAUGCUUGUUAAUGGUGGAGAAUCGUACAGACUCAAUGUAGAUGGUAUUGUGCUUGACUAA